UUUAAUCAGAGCGCUGACUGUGAACCCCGACACAUCCUCCACUGGCAUCAGGUGAAAUGGACUGUAUUAGAAGCUACAAGGGCAGAGGGGAAUGCGUUUGUCACGUGUGUGUAACGCAGAGAGAGCUUGAGGUGAGUCCAGCAGACAUGCAGCAGGAUAUCCAACGCAGAAAAAGAAGUGUUCAAGUUCUGCAGCUGGCUGUGGAGAAUAUCAAUCUCUCCGCUGAUGAAGCAGGGGAGAGGAGCGAUGAGGUCACCGACCUGAUCAGACACGUGGAUAAAAUAUUUCCUCUUAAUGACUCAGCAGUUUUGCCCAGCAGUAAAAUGUGUCCUCUGGGGUUCUUUGAGGAUGUCACAGCCACUGUUUCAGACACCAAAGAUGGACCUCAGGACAUACCCGCUGACUUUGGGACAAACACUGACCCGCCACAGACUCAAGUCAACGAUUCAUCCUCCAAUUUGACAACCGAGCCGAAGACCAGAGCUGAGUUCCUGCAGUACGCACGAGACAUCACACUGGAUCCGAACACUGUAAACACACAGCUGUUACUGUCGGAGGGAAACAGGAAAGCGACAUUGAUGACGAGAGAGGAGCAGCCUUAUCCCAGCCACCCGGACAGAUUCAUCCGAUGGCGUCAGGCCCUGAGUAAAGAGAGUCUGACUGGACGGUGUUACUGGGAAGUGGAGUGGAGAAUGAAACGGGUAAAUCUAGCCGUGUCAUACAGGGACAUCAGCAGAGAAGGCUCCAUGAACGAAUGUGCAUUUGGAUUCAACAACGAGUCGUGGUUGUUAGAGUGCAACUGCAGCAAUAGUUAUAAAUUUAUACAUAACAGAGCCAAAACUCUCAUCUCAGGUCCUCUUGCCUCCAGAAUAGGAGUGUACCUGGAUCACAGAGCAGGUAUUCUGUCCUUCUACAGCAUCUCUAAAACCAUGACUCUCCUCCACAGAGUCCAGACCACAUUCACUCAGCCUCUACAUGCUGGACUUUGGUUUAGUGGUUAUAAUGGAGCCUCUGCUGAGUUCUGUCAGCUGACCUAGAUGAGAGAAAUGAGGUGAAAAUAGCCUGUGUCCCCUUUAAAUUAUAUCUUGUCACAAGUGGCUCUGUUUUUUUUUUCAAUCAAAACCAAAAUGGUAUGUGUGUAAACAAUAUGCUGCAGCUUCAGCUGAAAAUAUCCUGCAGGAGUCGUUUGUCUCUUUGAGUUGUUUCUAACUGCUGUACCUGUUCUUCUAUAGUUCGUUGCCUGAUUGACUGCAGAAUAAAGAAUUUUAUAUUUCAAA